AUGUUUCUAGAAGGAUUUGAAUGUCUAUGUUUCUCAAACUCUGGAUUUGUUUGGAAAACAUCUGAAUGGACAGACUGUAAGAUAUCAUUGCUCACGGACCAGGACACUGCUUCACGGGUGGAAGACGCAGCACAAUGUGGGGGUGGCGUUCAGACUCGUCAGGUGUUUUGUGCCCAGCGUAUCAAUGAGUCAGGAACAAAUAAAGAAGUCUUCAGACCUGUAGAACUGGGGUUCUGUGUGGAACCGGCACCAUCAGCAGUUCAGCUCUGCAACAUCCCCUGUCCGUCAGAUUACCUGUUGUCUCCAUGGACUGACUGGGGACCGUGUAUACAUGAGAAUUGUCUGGACCCUCAUGGGAGAAAAGGCUUUAAAUUCAGAAGAAGACAAGUUGUAGUGAAGCCCACAAGAAUGGCUGGGAAUUGCCCCCAUUUAGUAGAAUCGGUCCUGUGUGAAGAUCCCGUGUGCUAUAGGAGGGCGGUAUCUGGACAGUUACACUGUGUACCUGAAAACGGAGAAUGUGGACACGGAAAAUACAACGUAAACACGACCUGCCUGGGGGAGAACGGUCUUCCGGUCUCUGCGGACCUGUGCGUCGAUGAGCCCCCUGUGCAGCUGGUAUGUAAGGUACCCUGCAGCCUGGACUGUGUCAUCAGUGAAUGGUCAGACUGGUCGCAGUGCUCCAGGUCCUGUUCCACAAAAAAUGCUGAAGGAAAGCAGAGCAGAAGCAGGUCAAUCCUUGCCUACCCUGGAGAAGGUGGAAAGCUCUGUCCUUCAAACCAAGCCUUGUACGAGUAUCGACUGUGUAACAACCACCCCUGCUCGACAUUUUACUGGGAGGCAUCACCAUGGGAACCGUGCACAAAGAUAACACCACUAAAUGCCACCGGCAGCUGGAACAAUGAGGCAGCGUGUGGUCUGGGGGUGCAAACCCGAAGAGUCUACUGCAUCAAGAGCCAUGGAGGCCAAGUCACCAGCAAAAGAUGCCCAGAAUCUACAAAACCUGAAACAGUUCGGACCUGUAAUUUGCCUUGUGUUAAGGACUGUAUUGUAACUCUGUUUAGUGAGUGGAUUCCAUGUCCCAAAACAUGUCGGCCUGGGAACCACUCUGUGGUCAAGCAGUCGCGAUACAGGAUAAUAUUACAAGAUGCAAUGAAUGGCGGUCAGGAGUGCCCGGAUACUCUGUAUGAGGAGAGGGAGUGUGAGGAUGUCCCUAUCUGUCUAAUGUACAGGUGGAGGCCCCAGGAGUGGAGUCAGUGCAUCCUCGUGCCGGAUUAUGUGAGACAGGGCAUUGCAGGGGCCACCGAAUCAUGUGGCCCCGGGAUACAAUCUAGAGGGGUCAGCUGUGUCACUGCUGAUGACCGUCCUGCAGAUGUCACUGAAUGUCUUCGAUGGGCAGGUCCUGCUCCACCCUCAGCUCAGGAGUGUAAGGUCCCCUGCAAAGAAGAGUGUGCAUUUACUCCAUGGACUAAAUAUACCUCUUGUACCCCAGACUGCAGUUCAACUAGAGUGAGGAGAAGAUCCCUCGCUGGGAGAAGCAAGAAGCGGGACAGAUGUCAGAACGCAGAGGCUUAUCCGUUAGUGGAGACAGAGCCGUGCGCCUGUGAAGUAUAUAAAUCUCAGCCGUGUGGAAAUUGGUCGGACUGCAUAAUACAAGAUGCAAGAAAUGAGAUGCAGCUGGGAGCGAGAACUCGGGGAAUCAUGAAAGGCUGCGGUGGAGGCAUCCGACUCCGAGCCAUCGCUUGUUAUGAUUUAACUGGCAGAAUAGUUGAGCCCACUCUCUGUAGUCAUACCGGGUACAUUGAGGAACGCUGUGAAAUUCCUUGUCCGUUUGACUGUAAGCUGAGCGACUGGUCCUCCUGGACCUCGUGCAGCGCCUCGUGUGGAACCGGAGUGAAAGUUCGAUCUAAGUUUUUGAAAGAAAAACCUUAUAAUGGGGGGCGGCCCUGUCCAAAACUGAACCUUAAAAAUCAGAACGCCAGAUGUACAUCGGAUAUAUCACAUCUGGACAUUUAUGGUAUCUUUACUCUUGUGCCAUUAAUAAAGUCUAGCUAA